GUAAAUCCAUUUUCAUCGCUUAGCAAAAAGCUUGCGUUUCGGUUCAAGCUCCGAACUCGCCAGUGGACCGCGAGAGUGACCGCACGCAUUCUAUAUUCAAAUUGUAACAACUUUAAUCUGUUAGAAUAUUAUCGUGAAUAAGCAUAAAGCAAGAUGUCACGUCAUUGUUUAUUUGGAAUUUUGAUGCUGUUCGCGUUCUGUUCACUGGAGGUAUCGUCUCGACCGUCGAAUAACGAGUUGACGCCACCUAAUGAAAUAAUAACAGAAGCUCCACACAAGGAAGAACGAACGCUAGUAUAUGACAAAACAAUAACAAAAGACGAACCAACGAUCAAAGAUAUAAUGCAAAAAAUAAAAGCUAUAAACGAUGCUUUAGAAAAACCGAAUAAACGAAACCCAUUCCAAUGGAAUGCGCCACCACAAACAGCAAGUGGUUAUAUUCUUGACCAAGAAAUCUUAAAAAAACUUCAACAAGUGAUAGCUUCGGGUAAACUAAAUUCAUUCCCAAACAACGUACAGCAACAAGAGAGGAACACAAUCAACAAUGAAAACCUUGAAGACGUUAGAUAUUCAAGACAGUUAUCACCUUAUGGACCCCAAUCACAAAUGGCUGUAGUACCUUUGUCAUAUCUGAUGAAUAUGCCUGUCCUAGUCAUGCCACCGAUGAACAACAUGUACGGUUACGGAAACCCUAUGGAGUACUCGACCAAAAUUCAAACUAGGCAAGAAGGACCUACAUCGCCCUUUCCAACAUUUCCGUCACUGCCAUCAUUCCAGUGGCCCUUUGCUCCAUUAUUUCCAAUUCUAAUUAGAGAUCCACUACUAAGUAUCAUGAAUGGGGGUGGUUGGAACAAUUUUAUAGAAUACGGACAGAGUGCUGAUGUAUGCCGCAAACAAAAAUCAGGCGAGGAAAAUGAUGAUGAUAAGAAUGAAGUUGGACUUGAAAAAGCACAAAACACUUUACACCCAAAUGUUGAAACAAGAUCUAGGCAGAAGAGAGCAGUUAAAAAACGAACUGUCAACCAUGCCACUCAAAUUCAAAAUAUUGAUUCGAAAUUAAACAAGUUCUUCACAGUCAAACCUACUACUACCAAGCCACCUAAAGCAGAGCCCUUAAAACAAAACACGAAAACCAAUUUAUUCAAUGAAGGUGACGUCAAGUUUCCCGUAUUUGACUUCUUUACUAACAAAAACAGACAGCCCACCGGACCUGGUUUCUUCAUAAACAGACUAAAAGUCAGAAGAGGCGGUGUUGCGAUAGCCGGUCCCGGAGGAGUUGCGACGGCAGGCAGAGGGGGUACUGCCAUUGUGGGUCCCGGAGGCUUAGCGUACACUCAACCCGGAGGACUCGCUGUAGCUGGACCAGCCGCAAGAAUCGUAGCUCUUUCUCCUGAUGCUGACCUUAAUUCCAUCGCCAACCGUCUACAUGAACAAAGUUACCGUGGAUGGGGACGAGACAGAGAAUGGAGCAGAUUCCGACAUCAGUCAGAUCAAUACAGAUAUGAUGGACAGAACUUUGAAGAAGGGACCUUAAACUUGGAUGAUUCUACGUUCACACUGUUUAUAAAGCCUAUAGCUCACGCUUUAAGUUCUAGAGGGGCUGCCCUGGCAAAUCCUAUAUCACAAGUUGUAAUUGCCAGGGAUCAAUCUGGAACUAUCUUCCAUGCGCCGAUAGCCACAGCCGUGGCUGGCCCUGGCGGUGUGGCCCAUGCUCAAUCAGUCCAAUACAUACCAUUCUAUGGCGGAGGAAAGGGCCAAUACUUGGAACUAAGAAAAGAUGCACUUGGAAGGGUGAUGAGUGAAAAAAUAGUUUCAGAAGAAAACAUUAGUAGUGACAAUAUAGUUAAAAACAGCGAUGAAAAUCUUCUAGCAAAAGUUAUGACCGCAAAUUUGCAAAAGCUUAGAAACCUCUCUACAAAUCUUCUGAGGCUACACAAUCUUGGACGUAAGACUGGAUCAUUAGGGAAUAAGGAGAAAACUAGGUACAAGAGCCAACUGGCAUCUUUGGGAGAAGCAGCAUCCAAUAUCAUUAAACUAAUAGAAGAAGUGGAUGAUAUCGAUGCACUGUUCAAGAGGAAUGCCACUAUCCGUACCAGAGAUGAAGAAGAGGAUGAUGAUUACGUUGCUGAAGAGGGUGUUGGUAUCGAUGCCUCGACUGACGAAGAAGACGAUGACCCCGGACAAGGUUUUUUAGAAAAGGGAAUCGUAGCUGAAGCAAAACCAGUUGGUCUUGCAGUGGUCGGAGAGUAUGGCUUAGCGGCAUCCAGGCCAUUCGCGACAGCAGUGGCAGCAUCAGGAGUGGCUCUAGCUAGACCUGUAGCUACGGCCAUCGCUGGAAUAAACCCAUCAGAGUUGGGCAUUAACUACCAGAUCAACCAUCAACCAGCAGGCAAGAGGAAAAACUGAUCGGCUGAUAAAGAAUCAUUUGGCUACUGAAUUCGAAUUAGUCAUAAUAGUUACCUAUUUAAUUUAAGAGUCUAAUUUAGUUCAUGAUCAUGAAUAGAAAUUCAAAACUUAGCCAUGUCAUUUACCCAGCCUUUUUUAGCUACGGAACUUAUUUAAUGAUAUAGUGGUUUCUUAGGUUUACGCGAAUGUUAGACAUUGAAAUGAA